AUGCCUGUCCUUCCCCCAGCAAACCUCCCUGGGGACGUGUCCUCCUUUCUGGGAUUCAGUAGUUCAGAGACAAGUUUCCUAUUUCCCCAGCAGUCCCAGACACGUCUCCCUCUUCUAACAGCUAGGAGGCAUCUACCCAUCCCCCCACGCUGGGGCACGCUGCUCGAGACAGGCCCCGUGUGGCUCUCAGCCCGUGCCCAAGGGUCCUAUCCCAGCACCCUGCAGGAGCGACCCUCCGCGCCUCGGCUCCGGAGGGGAGCGCCUCGGGCCUCGAGAGCCCGGCAGAGCUGGCGGGCCUGGCUCCACUCACCCCUCAGCCCGGGAGGUGGGGAAGCUGCUGCGGCGGCUCCUCCGGCUGCGCCUCUCCUCCCCCCUCCCGGCCACCGCUGUCGCCGCCGCUCAGCCUCAGGCCUGUUCCCGGCCGGCCCCGGCCCGGCUCCGCUUCACCUAGACCCCAAUUCUGGCCGCCGGAGCCCAGUGUCCUGCAUUGACCCGGAAGCAGCUUUCUCAGCCCAACAACAACACGUGACCCCGCCGCACGUGUCACGUCCGCUGCGUGAAUGGGAGGGGGCGCCAGAGGAGCGAAACAUACAUGGAAUAGGGAUGGUGCUGGCUCAUCCCAAAGUGAAUUCAGCCUUGUAUGGGAAUAUCCCCUGAAGUGCUAGGAGAUGAAGAUGUCUUUGUGCAUACAGUAUCAAACUUCUAAAGACAAGAUCAAUGUCUCUACCCACCUCCCGAUAUUUCUCCCCAAGACAGCCGGAAUUAUCUUUCUACAACUUAU